CCCCAUUCACACAGACCAAACACACAAACACAGUCAAUCCUCAAACCAUAACUCACUCGUUUUCUCUCUCACAAAUUACUCUCUCAAUCCCAUAAUUUACUCAUUCAUAUCCCUUCCUCUUCUUACCACAACUACUUACUACAAAACUCAUUAUUACCACAACUACAAACUCGUCAAAACUCCCCAACACACUUUUCUAAGAUUAUUUUCAUGGCAAAUAAGUUGGAUCCUCAAACAGCAGCUGAGAAAGCCGUGUUAGCCAUAGGAUCAGGCUAUGAUAUCACGGAUGAUAUUCGCUUGUCUGCUUGUAAACCCGGGCCUUCAGGCUCUGGUUUGAUCGUGUUGGAUCAUAGUACGAGGAAGGAGAUGGUGUUGCCUUGUGGCAGAAUUGUGUCGAAUGUUUCGGCUUCGAUUAGUUGUGGUAGAGGGGAGCGGACGAGGUUUAGUUCCGAUGUUCUUUCGUUUGCUCAGAUGGCGGAGCAUUUUAAUCAGGGCAUCUCUUUAUCUGGCAAAAUACCUUCUGGUCUGUUCAACACAAUGUUUGAUUUUAAAAGUUGCUGGCAAAAGGAUGCUUCGACCACAAAAACUCUAGCUUUUGAUGGCUGGUUCAUUACAAUGUACAAUAUAGCGCUGUCAAAAUCCCAGAUAACACUGUCGGAACAUGUGAAGAGAGAAGUGCCUUCUUCUUGGGAUCCAGCUGCGCUUGCUGAGUUCAUUGAAAAAUUUGGUACUCAUAUUGUUGUUGGGGUAACAAUGGGAGGUAAAGAUGUAAUCCACCUUAAGCAGCUAAAAAAUUCAAAUCUUCAGCCAACAGAGGUGCAGAAAGUGUUGAAGCAAGUAGCCGAUCAAAAAUUUUCUGAACAUGUAGAUGAAAAUCUUGCACAAAAUCCGGAGAAAUCAUCAGGAACACAGAAGGAUGGAAAAUCUUUAAACUGGGAUAUCAAUACACCGUUUGCAAGCACGCUAAGAUCACCUGUUGUUUCUCUUUCGAAAAAUGAUGAUUUGUUAAGCAUCCGUAUUCGUCGUGGGGGUUUUGACAUUGGGCAAAGUCAUCAAAAGUGGCUUUCAACUGUAUCACAGUAUCCUAAUGCUAUAUCAAUGUCCUUUGUGCCAAUCUCUUCACUUUUAAGUGGUGUUCGCGGCAGUGGAUUUCUAAGCCAUGCAAUCAAUCUUUACCUUAGAUAUAAACCACCUAUGGAGGAACUCCAACAAUUUUUAGAGUUUCAAGUACCUCGACAAUGGGCUCCAGCAUAUGGUGAUCUUCCACUUGCUCCGAGACGCCAAAAACAAGCUUCUCCAUCACUCAAGUUCACUUUUAUGGGCCCUAAACUUUAUGUCAACACUGUAAAGGUUGAUUCUGAAAAUCGGCCUGUGACUGGACUCAGAUUAUACUUAGAAGGUAAGAAGAGUGACCACCUGGCCAUCCAUAUUCAGCACCUAACAACUCUUCCAAAGACCCUGCAACUGUCUGAAGAUCUAAGUUAUGAACCAUAUGAUGAGCCAGCAGAAAAAGGCUACUUAGAGGCUGUCAAGUGGAGCAUAUUUUCACAUGUAUGCACUCAACCGGUACAGUAUAAUGGAGCCCGGAUUGAUGAUGACUCUGCCUCUAUUGUGACAAAGGCAUGGUUUGAGGUCAAGGGUAUCGGUAUGAAAAAAGUCCUCUUCUUGAGGCUUGGAUUUUCUGUGGUAGCAUCUACUAUUAUCAGAAGGUCUGAGUGGGAUGGACAUACAAUGACAUCACGAAAAUCAGGAUUGAUGUCGAUGCUGAUCACAACACCUUUUAGUUCUCCGUUGACUGAACCAGCAGUGCCAGCCAAGGUGGAUUUGAAUUCAGCAGUUUAUCCUGGGGGACCGCCUUCGCCAGCAAAAGUGCCAAAAAUGUUCUCUUUUGUAGAUACGAAGGAAAUGGUAAGAGGCCCAGAGGAAGCACCAGGAUAUUGGGUGGUCACCGGUGCAAAGCUAUGUGUGGACGGAGGGAAGAUUAGAAUCAAAGUGAAAUACUCCCUUUUGACAGUCGUGUCAGAGGACUCUUUGAUAUGAGAAAUCCAAUCUAGGAAUUAUAUUUGCUUUUGUUUUUACCAUUGUAUAUGUUGAAAAGUAGAUUGUCAAUAUACGAAGGCACGUAGGUCUUGAAUGUCCACAUUCAAGACAGAAUUCAACUAUACUGAAGAAAUAUUCUUUUGUAUCAAGCUCAAGGUUUCUGGUA